AUGAUUAAGACUACGUCCAUAUCCGAAUCGGAAAACAGCUUCUACAAAAAAUUUCUGAAGCCCCGAGCUAACAUUGCUGAAUUCUACUUGAAUUUCAACCACGCCUUUGAAUUCCAACGGAACAGUAGAACAACGUUGGACUACCACGAUGCCACUGCCCUGCCCAUACUAGCCACUACUCUGCCAUUCGAGAAACAUGCUUCAACGUUGUACACCGACAGUAUGUUCAAGAAAAUACAAGAAGAAAUUGUUGAGGGUAACGAAAGAUGCCGCGUGCUUGGAUUUUCAUCCGGAGAAAUGGUUGACACGUACAAGCUUGGGGACAGCAAGCGCAAUUCAUAUGUUUCCGUCAUGAUAAGAAUGAUGAUACUUACUCAUGCGAAUGCAAACUAUUCGGUCGGCAGGGUUAUUUGUGCAGCCAUAUCUUUUUUUUUGUUCCGGAACAAUGAAGUGAAAAAAUCCCAGAUAAAUAUUGUGAAAGCAGAUGGAUGA